UGUUUCCAGUAGAUUCAGUCGGUUGACCAGCGGUGUAGUGCGUGCAUGCAAGCAGUGGUGUGUGAAAGCUGUAUUUCGUUCAACUGGAUCUCUCGUCAAUCGGCGAUCUCAGGAAAUUUUCAUUUCACCUCCAGUUUCAGUGGUUUGAAAACAAACAAAAAAUUAUCGACACUAAUUAACUGUCCACUUUUUGAUCUAAUAUUCAAAUUUGAGACAAUAAUAUUAUUGUCAAUCUACUGUUCACUUUUUUGACUCUUGAUUCCUGACUUUUGUUCCUGAGAACAAAAAUAAUGGCUAACUUUGUGCUGUGUUGUUCUUCGAUGACCCUUGUUGUGCUUCUGCUGUCUCUAGCCAAUCGCUGUGGGAGUGUCGAGGGUCAGGGCUCAUCCCGGGGACACAAGCUGCCCCCAACUUCUGCUUCUCUUGAUCCAAGUGAGGUGGCCAGGCAGAACCGUAUCACUCAGCACAUUCUGGCGCAAUACUUGCAACGUCGGCUGUUUCCGCAUCUCGCGCGGCCGCCUUCUUCCUUUUCCGCGUCCUCCUCGGCGCUGGACAGUCCACUGCGCACGCGCACCCGAUCUACUUCCGAACAGGAUGCUCAGGAUGAACAGGACCUGGCAUCUUACGAUCAGGAUGCUCUCGACCAGGAACUGGAGACUGUCGAGACCGAGCAGAUAUCCAACGUUUUCGACGAGAGGCGAAACUUCAUUGAAGAUGAGUGCACCAACUGCGUUGAUGAUGGCCCAGCAAUCAACAAAUGGACCAUGCCACUACUCAAAUUGGGCGAGAAACGAUACUACCUCGGAAUAUUUUUCAGGGCAAACUGGUAUAGGGCGGCACAGUACUGCAGAUACCACGGCAUGCACCUGGCCAGUAUAAGCAGUCAAGAGGAGAACGAUAAAUUGGAAAAACACAUCAGGGACUUUGGUCUGGGCCACGAACACUUCUGGACAUCGGGCACCGACCAGGCUGAGGAAGGCACUUUCUUCUGGAUGUCAACCGGACGCCCAAUCACCUUCACCAACUGGAACACCGGGGAACCCAACAACUUCCGCUACGAGAACGGGGAAGAGGAACACUGUCUGGAACUCUGGAACAGGGACGGAAAAGGCUUGAAAUGGAACGAUUCCCCUUGCUCGUUUGAAACCUACUUUGUUUGCGAAGUUGGAAUGUGAAUGAGGAAUUUCCAAGUUUGGUAGUGAAAAUUUCGUGAUAUUUUUGUCAUAGAAGACAAAAUAUUGUCAGAAGUUGUAUCAAGGAAUACAGAUUAAUAGUACAAUUUAUUCUCGAUACAUAUCAAUACAAAUAUAUACGAUAACCUAUAUAUUGUAUACUGUUGAAAAUGUAAUUUUAAAUGUGGCGUUGAUAAAGUAUAACCCAAUCAUAUAGUAUAAUUUAGAAAAAGGUCGAGAUACAUAACAGUAUAUGGACCAAGUCAUAUAAAGCGUUUUUCCUGGCGUUUCCUGACGAAUCGGCAGGGCUUGAAGCUCUCCGAUUGGCUGAUUAUUAGCUGAUUCCCAAAACGCCAACCCAAUCAGCCAAUCGGAGAUCUUACUGUCCUGCUGACUCGUCUGAUAAUGCCUGAAAAACGCUUUGUUUGGAUUAGCCCUUAUACUGUAAUGUAUCUCAAAUGAAAAUCAUGUAGUCUAUUUUUAAAAUUAUACUAUGAUUAGGCUAUACAGUAUGAUCAUCAUGUAUGCCUAUAUUUAUUUUUUUAAUUGUGAAAUCAUAAUAUGAAUUAUCUAUUUUGAUAUCAUGAGAGAUUUUUUAAUAAAUUGCAAUUAAAAUCCAUUUAUCAUAAUGAUAUAAUGAAUAUGGAUGAUAAUAGCAUAUACUGUAUCAUGAUAUUAUUCCAAUAUAUUUCACCAAAAAUAAUAUCGACUUCACACUUUCUAUGUCUAUAGAACAGAGAUAUUUCUCCUUGAAUCGAGAGGUAACAUCAUUAAUGAAUCAUUGUAAUAGUAUCAUGCUAGUAUGUCCCCAUAUUUUGUGAUUUAAUCUACAAAUCCCAUAAGUUUUUCUUUCAUUUUAUUUACAAAUUUGAAAAUGUUGUAAAUAUUUAAUUGAAAAACAUAAAGAAUGAAUGCGUUAUAAAGAGAAAGAAAACAAUUAUUUUUAAUUAUUAUUGGUAGAAACAAAAUUUACACUGAAUGAACAGUAAAAUUCACAAUAUCAUGAAAUAUAGGGACUGUUUAUGAACUCUUUCAAUGAAGUACACACACUUUUUAAAUUUAUGAAGAGCUCUUUCUCUGAAUUGCUCUCUUUGAAGAGCUCUGUCUAUAAUAUAAUGUAUAGUGCUAGAUACAUCAAUAUAUUGUUAAUUCUGGAGUAUCAAAAGAAUUAAUACGUUCUUGGGUUAAACAAAUUGAGUGUUCAAACCAAGAUAUCAGCUUUAUUUAGAUUUUAAUAAACAUAAUACUAUAAGUGUACUAAAUGAGUAGUAUGGUAAAUUAUUUGUUUCUAUUUUUAUUUGAUGUUUUUUCUAAUUAAUUUAGUAGCUAUUCUACAAUUUAAAACGAAAUGGAAAUCCGAAUUUUUAGCUUCUUUGUAAAUGUAUUGUGUUUAUAGAGUGAAUUUAUGGAGAGCUCUUUUUCUGCAGUACUACUCUCUCUGUAAAUUUAUGAAGAGCUCUUUCUCUGAAAUGCUCUCUUUGGAGAGCUCUGUCUGAAGAUUAUCUAGGGCUCUUCCUGAAAUUUAGCAAUCAACUGAUAUUUGGAUUAUAUGUUUGUACAGUUUUAGAAUAUUCUUCUCAUUUUUAUUUCGUGUUGGUACUUUCAUGUUUUCAUUACAAUAAUUAUUAUUUAGUAUGCAGUGUAUAAAUUGAAAAACUGUCUAAAAUAGGUAAUGCCAUACAUUUUGUAACAAAUAUAGCCUAAUUAGACACAACAUGAAUCUAUAUAAACAAUCAUGGAUAAAUUCAGGCAUUAUGUACAUAAAAACAUGAAUCCCAUUUAUUUUAGCAUGAUAAAUUUAAUUUUAGAAUAAGUAGCUAUAGUAUUUGUAAAUAUAUAAUGUUUAGUUAAUUAUUGAAAUAUAUAUUAUUGUUGUGAAUAAUUAAUGUUUAUAAUAAACUCCUACUAAUAAUGUACAGUACAUAAUAUAAGUAAGUUGAAUAAUUCAUUCUAAUACUAAUCAAGAAUUUCAAGUCUGAAUUAUGUGCAAAAAUGAGUGUUCCACUUGAUACUUUAUACUGGAAUUCAAUAGUAAUGUUCAAUGAUGAUUUUGACUUUAAAAUUCAUAAUAUUUUUGUUUAUUUUAAAAAAUAGUAACAAAAAUAUUUCUACUAGUAACAAAAAUAAAAAUUCGGUCUUAUUUUAUUUGAUUCAAAGCAAUGCUUUUUCUGUAUUCAAUGUCUCCUCUCACUUAUUCUUGUCAGCUCUACAGUUCAUAGAUAAGUAUUUCCUAUAUAUUGUCAAUUUUAAAGUACAAUAAAAUGUUUAGUUUUAUGAUU